GAGAAGGAGGACGGCGACGACGCGUGGCUCUCGCUGCUGCAGCUGCCGCACGGCCCUGUGACGCGCUGGAAGCUAGCUCCGCUCCCAAGUCGUCGUCCCCCCCCCCCCGGUAGUCUCUGUCAGGCUUUCGCUGCUGCGCCCUUUUUGACAAGAAUAAUCAACCAUGACUACAGAAUCUGGAUCAGACUCUGAUUCAAAGGAGCAGGAGCAGAAAGAAACAUCUGGUCAACAAGGAACAGCUGGGUCAGCACCCCAAGAACAGCAGCAGCUGCAGCAGCAGCAGCAGCAGAGUGAAGAACACCAGAAUGCAUUAGAACAGUUUUCUGCUGUUGCAGCUCAUAGCACUCCUGUGAAGAAGGAGCAGGCCACUGACAAAGAACGUGAAUUUGCUGCAGCAGCAGCAAAACAACUGGAAUACCAGCAAUUUGAAGACGACAAGCUUUCUCAAAAAUCGUCCUCCAGCAAACUCUCCAGAUCUCCUCUAAAGAUUGUCAAAAAACCAAAAAGUAUGCAGUGCAAAGUGAUCCUUCUGGAUGGCUCAGAAUAUGGCUGUGAAGUGGAGAAACGCUCCAAGGGCCAAGUGCUGUUUGACAAAGUGUGUGAACACUUGAACCUCUUGGAGAAAGACUACUUUGGGCUCACAUAUAGGGACAUGGAAAACCAAAAGAAUUGGUUGGACCCAGCCAAGGAAAUAAAAAAGCAGAUUCGAAGUGGUGCUUGGCAAUUCUCAUUUAAUGUGAAAUUCUAUCCUCCUGAUCCUGCCCAACUUUCUGAAGAUAUUACCAGGUACUACCUUUGUUUACAGCUGAGAGAUGACAUUGUUUCUGGACGAUUGCCCUGUUCUUUUGUUACACUUGCACUGUUGGGCUCUUACACUGUUCAGUCAGAGCUUGGUGAUUAUGACCCUGAUGAAUAUGGAAGUGAUUAUGUCAGUGAAUUUCGCUUUGCACCAAAUCAUACUAAAGAACUGGAAGAUAAAGUAAUAGAACUUCAUAAAAGCCACAGGGGAAUGACACCUGCAGAGGCCGAAAUGCAUUUUUUGGAGAAUGCCAAAAAAUUAUCCAUGUAUGGAGUAGAUCUACACCAUGCCAAGGAUUCUGAAGGUGUUGAAAUAAUGUUAGGGGUCUGUGCAAGUGGUCUCCUGAUAUAUCGGGACAGACUCAGAAUAAACAGGUUUGCUUGGCCUAAGGUUCUUAAAAUUUCAUACAAGAGGAAUAACUUCUACAUCAAAAUUCGACCAGGAGAAUUUGAACAGUUUGAAAGCACAAUUGGGUUUAAACUCCCAAAUCAUCGUGCUGCAAAACGCUUGUGGAAAGUAUGUGUUGAACAUCAUACAUUUUUCAGGCUCUUGCUACCAGAGGCUCCCCCCAAAAAAUUCCUUACACUGGGUUCCAAGUUUCGCUACAGUGGAAGGACUCAAGCCCAGACAAGGAGAGCCAGUGCUCUGAUUGACCGCCCUGCUCCUUACUUUGAACGUUCAUCAAGCAAGCGCUACACUAUGUCUCGCAGCCUAGAUGGGGCAUCAGUGAAUGAAAACCAUGAAAUGUACAUGAAGGAUUCUAUGUCUGCUGCAGAGGUUGGUACUGGCCAGUAUGCUACAACAAAGGGCAUCUCUCAAACCAACUUGAUAACCACUGUGACUCCGGAGAAAAAGGCAGAGGAGGAGAAGGAUGAGGAGCAGAUUAAAAAAAAGAAAGCAGAGGAACUCACGCCAGUCUCAGCAAAGUCAUCUUUGCUUGGCAGUGAUUCAUCACCUCCCUCACCAUCUUCACAGUCUAGUCCCUCUGCAUCUUCAACAAACCUCCGUAGGAGAUGUAAGGAGAGUGCUCAAAAGCCAUUAGAUUGUGAAUCAUCCAAAAAUACUGUUCAAUGGUGUGGCGAGUCUGAUGUGGACUCUGAUAGAAAAGGAGGAAGAGUUUGUUCAGUUGAACAAGAUAUAGCAUACGGUUGUAAGCAGAAAGCUGGUAAAGGUGGGACCUUGUUCUCCUUCUCCUUGCAACUUCCGGAAUCCUUCCCCACUCUCCUGGAUGAUGAUGGCUAUUUAUCCUUUCCUAACCUCUCUGAAACCAACUUUCUGCCAGAAAGUGUGCAGCAUUUCCUUCCCAUUCGCUCACCUUCCCUUGUGCCUUGUUUCCUUUUCAUCUUUUUCUUUUUGCUCUCUGCCUCUUUCUCAGUGCCCUAUGCUCUCACUCUUUCCUUUCCUUUGGCUAUGUGCCUCUGCUACCUGGAGCCCAAGGCGGCCUCCUUGAGUGCUUCACUUGACAAUGACCUGAGUGACAGUUCAGAGGAAGAGACAGACAGUGAAAGGACAGAUACUGCAGCUGAUGGUGAAACCACUGCUACAGAGUCUGACCAGGAAGAGGAUGGUGAUCUCAAGGCACAAAGUAGUCUGAUUAAGCGCAUAAAGGGUGAAAAUGUGUAUGUCAAACAUAGUAAUCUUAUGUUAGAGGAACUAGAUAAAAAUCAAGAAGAUCUGAUGAAACACCAGACCAAUAUAAGUGAGCUGAAACGGACAUUCUUGGAAACCUCCACAGAUACCUCAGGGACCAAUGAAUGGGAGAAGAGGCUUUCAACAUCACCAGUCCGGCUCGCAGCAAGACAUGAAGAGGCUCCUAUGAUUGAACCACUUGUGCCUGAAGAAACCAAAGAAGAAGGAGAAAAGUCUGAAAAACGUAUAUAUUUACAGAAGGAAACCACUACAUUCCUUGAUUCUCAGGGCACUGAGGAUUGGGUUAUUGUAGACAAAGUACCCGUUGAGGUAGUUGAUGGUGAAUCGAAAACCAUUGUGACAUACAAAGUAAUGACUGUGAGCAGUAAAGCGGGUGACAUCUCAACUGAGCUGUUAAAAUCCAGUACCACUGGCAUACAGAGCUUUGAGGACUUGGAGAGUGAAUUGCAGUUGAAAGAUGACAAUAAGCAGAAAAUGUAUACCCUAGGAAAAUCCUACGAUACUGUCUCUGGGAAAAUUGUAACCAUGACCACUAAAAUAAAAGAGGGAGAAAAAAUUGUGCCAUCGUCACUUGAAGUAUUUCAGAAAAUGGAAAAGGCAGUGCCAGAAUCUGUGAAAAUCAUUCCAGUAAUGGCUGAAUAUGAAAUUCUAGAACCAAUUACUGACGAGAAAUCCAGAAGAUUAUCUGAUUCAAAAAGAAAGGUAUCUGAAUCCUUAACACCCAUUAAAGAGGCAGAUUCUCGUCUACAAAGUCCUGAAGAUGAAAGUGUGAAGAAGACACUAAAGAUGGACCAAGAUUUGCAAAUACGUGAUACACAAGAGAACGUGCAGAUUGCCAAAGCUGAGAAACCUUUUGACAGUGAAAAAUUAAAAGGAGAGGCAUUGGGCUGGAAAGAUAAGAGUAUAUCUGAGUGGAAAUAUUCCCGAGAACCACCUUUUACCAUUGCUACUGCUCACUAUGUUACUGAAUCAUCAGCAUCAAGAGUAGUGAAAAAACAAGUCUCCGGUGAAAAAACUUUGGAUGGGUCUGAUAUCUUCACUUUAAUAGAAUCUGCAAGAAAACCAACUGAGUUCAUAGGAGGGGUUACACCUACUUCACAUAGCUGGGCGCAGAGAACAGAAACAAAGUCCAGUCAGGAGAUACUUCCUACUGAAAAGAUGUCAGAGGAGGUGCAGAAGCAACAACUGGAGGCUGCAAAGAAGGUUGUGCAGGAAACUGCUAUGGUCGAAGAGAGACAUGUGAUGAGUGUGCAUGCAAGUGGGGAUGCUGCUAAAUUGGCUGGCGUUCACCUGGAUGCUGCUGCACAGGCAAUGUCUGAUAUGGCUUCUAGCAUCAAAGGGAAGGAGGGUGCUGCUGUGACUGAGGGGGCUAAAGAGAUAAAAAGGCAGGAGGUGCCUGCAAAAGCUGUAACCAAACAAGAAGAAACUGCUACUGUUUCUCAUGCUCAGGAGAAGGAGGAGCAUAGUGGAACAGCCCACAUUGUGGAUGCAAAGGAAAGAAAACCUCUUUUUGAGUCACCAAUUGUGAAGACUGAGACAAUCAGUUUUGGCAGUGUUUCUUCAGGUGGGGAGAAGUUGGAAAUUUCUAUGAAGGAGGUUCCUGUCGUUCACACUGAAACAAAAACUAUAACAUAUGAAUCAUCUGAGGUGGAUGCUGCUGCUGACUCUGAACCUGGGGUUCUGAUGAGUGCACAGACCAUUACAUCUGAAACUACCAGUACUACAACUACUACACAUAUCACCAAAACAGUGAAAGGAGGCAUAUCAGAGACAAGAAUUGAAAAGCGAAUCGUUAUCACAGGCGACGCAGACAUUGACCAUGAUCAGGCGCUGGCUCAGGCAAUUAAAGAGGCCAAAGAGCAGCACCCUGACAUGUCAGUGACCAAAGUAGUGGUACAUAAAGAAACAGAAAUCACACCAGAAGAUGGGGAGGAUUGACCACAGGAGUAAUGUAGUUUUCUUAACAAUUCUAUCAUAUACGCCAUUGGGAAUUCCAGAGCCUACGGAGUCAUGGUUCUAACCCAGCAGGCUUGCAUCUCUUCAGAGAAUUUUUCAAUGUGGAAGAAUCAAUCUUGAUUGCUAUAUAAGGACACUGGCAGAAAUAUUGUCCCAAUUACAGCGAUCUGAAUCAACAUUAGUAACCCAGUAUUUGCAUGAAGCAACAAAUUACAAAAAAGAGCAGCAUUUUUAUUUUCCUAAAAUACAUUUCCAUCUCUAUUCCUGCACGUUCAUUGACAGUAUAAAAACAGUGAUCUCAUGUGAUACAUAAAACAGUUCAUGCCUUCACACUGAGUCUAAAUCACAGUUUUUUAGGUGGCAAAACUUUGUUUAGGGUAUGUGAAGAUUACCCUAAAACGCUAGAAUCUGUAUAGGUACUGUGUAUAAUGUUUUAUCACCUUAGAUGUGCCAAUAACACACUUUAUUCAGUAAACAACUUGAAUUAUAUACUUGUUUUCAUCUGUUUUAUUACUCUUGUCCAAUAAACAUGGUGAAUCUCCAGUCUCACUUAAAUGCUUACAACUUAUGCUUUGUUUACUUGAUUUGAGAUCAUUAAUAGGUAGUAACUAUUUUAACAUUGUUCAGUUUCAAGUUAGAAAUCCUGCAGUUACCCUUCACAAGUCCUUGUUCUAUAAAUUGUGUUGUGAUUCUUUUAACAAAAAUGUGUGUUUUCUUUAGCAUUUCAGAAAUACUAGUCUGAAACUGUGAUUUUUAAAAAACUUGUUUUCCUUCAAUGAAAAUCUCUUUUGAUGAAUCUGGUCAGCAUUUCAUAUCUAGGUCAGAGUUGAGCCUUAAACUGUACAGAAUACCCACUAAACAUUCUUUGGCAUUGAUUAUCUCAUCUAUUUAAGGGAUACUGUCUUCAUUACACUGUCAGUCACAUCACAACACAUGGUGAAUGUAUGUUUCUGCAUAGUGAAAUAAAAGUGGUAAAUGCACCCAAAUUUGCAUUGGUCUAUGUCUAAAACAUGUUUUCUGUAUUCAUACUUCAGUACCAUUUGUAUAAUAUUAAAGGCAUCUUUAAUGUGGAAGUGUUCUUCCAGUAUAGGCCACAGUAUAUUGAAGGAAGUACAAAUGGGAGAGAGACUGAAUAAAUGCUGUGUAAACAAAUUCCUUCUGUACAACUUUGUACAUACAAGAGGUAGCUUCUAAUUUCUUCUGUAUCUUAUAGCUGUGUAAUGUUUUUCACAUAAGCUAAAUGAAGGUUAUGAUCACCUAACUGUUCUUAGUAUUAGCUUGAAUUAGGUUUUGUUUUUCUAUUCUGAAGCAGGUUCAUCAAGCUGUGUAUGGUCCAGUUCCAUUCCAGUAGAAGAGUUAAGCGUGUGUUUUGUGCUUUCCCACUGAGAUCAGUGAGACUACUUAAUUUAGGCUGGUUUGUGUUUUUUGCUGCUUCUUUUUUAUUUAGGUGGUCGUGAUACUUUCUGGUUAAAGAAAACAUUUAAUAAAAUGUUUUUUGUAGGUUUUUGAACCAUGUAAAGGACCAUCUGCAACUUUAGUUUUACUGAUUAAAGCUAUGUGACCCAUACCGUUUCCAGCUGUAUACAAUGGUAGGAGCUUCUGUGAAGUAAAACUAUUUAGAAUAGAUGAAAAAAAUAUUUUUAAAGAGUGUAUAUCACAGAAAAAUCUAUUGAGAAAAUAUAAGAGCACUGGUCCAAUAGCACUUUGCAAGUGUGAACCUCAGGCCCAGAUCAGAAAUUCAGAGUCCCCCAAAGAGAUCACUUACAGGUGUUGGCUGACUUAUGUCACAGCUGGAAUUGGUGGAGGCUUGUAAUAUGAACUGCCACAUCUGUGCAGAGGCUAAAUACAAAGCUUCACAAUUGUGAUCAGUAACUUGAGAAAUUACCAAUACUGUAUAAAUAUAAAAAUAAAGGAUGUUACCUAUCUAACCUCAAAUACAGCUGUCAGCUCAUAUUAUUGGUGUCUCCAUAUGAUUCCAGCUGGGUCAAAAGCUUGUCAGUCAUCUUAUAAAUUUACACAGGUCACACUGAGUCUACUAUCAACAGCUACACAAAUAUAGCUCCCUUGUUCCUCGAACUACUAAAAACUUGGCUCAGGGUAAUGGUGGAGUUUUGUCUUUUGGACAUUCUUCAGAUUAUUUUGCAUAACAAUAACGUAGGCUUGUUCUAAUAAUAACUCCCGUAUAUGUAAAGUUAUGUAGUAGCAGUUAAUACACUUAGCUAAUUUAACAAAACACACAAAUAACUCACAAUAUUUUGUAAUGGAUACAGUAUAAGGCAGAAAUCCCAGUUAUAAUUACUAGGAGUAAGCAUCAUUAAGUGUAAUAGUAUUUACUUAUGAGUAAGGAGUUGUGUCUCUUUCUCACUUUUAUUUUAAUCAAAUCUAUAAACUGAUAUACCUUCCUGAUUGCUGACAUUCCUAUGUGUCUCUUCCUCUCCUACCUGCCUUGCAGGAGUUGUCUCACUGUUAUAAUGUAGGCAACAGCCAUCAUCCAGUCAUUCAUCUCUUGUUUCUUGUUGGACUCCCUGCUUGCACACAGAACUUGUUUCUUCCAGUAUGACCAUUAUCUUCAAUUGCUUAAAGAACAAAGAGUCACCAUGUUUUUUUUUUAAUUUAUUUUCCAUUUCUUACCUUUCUUAAACUGUGUUGUUUGGAACAGAGUAUGCAACUUUAAUCAUACCCUUUCAACUCUGAAUGCCAAAUUCAACUUUUUUUUCCCCUGUGGCAGCUACUGAUGGGAUGAGUAUGCCAUGUUUCUUAGAAGUUCACACUCCAGUUCUGGAUAACCUAAUAAGCGUUUAAAAUAGGUUCUGACGCCUUAUUACUAUUCCAUGCAGGGAAUAAUUGCUUUUUCAGGGGGAAAAAUUCAACCUUUUAUGUCCCAACUGUGAAAAGGUUAAAGUCCCCAUGUGUGGGUACUUUAUUUGUAUGUAAACUAGGUAACUUGAUUACAUGUUACAAUUAAAAUGUAGGAAUUGUUACUUUGAAGUUCCCGGAAGGUUGGAGUCUCAAAAUCAGUUCCAGUGAAAAGCAUAUCAGAUAUCAGCUUCUUUCAGACAAUCAAUCAAUAAAUUAUAGUUUAUACAGGUCAGUUACAUUAGCCAAUUCACAAAUCAAGCAAUUGCAUUAUAACUUAUUAUGAAGCAUGGCAUCAGAAUACACUCUAAUCUGCAGUCCUGGACACAGAACUAAGGAAUAUGCCCCACUUAACACAGUGGAAUUUGCUUCUGAACUAAGAGGCAUAAGAGUGUGCUGCACAGUUUAUGGAAUAGAUAGAGACUUCUGUCCAGGGCUACUGCUAUGUUUACCACAUUUUAGCAUGGCAUACCAAAAUAGCAAUGCUGUUAAAAGCUAGUUCACUGUUUUGUAAGAUUUGUCUAUUUAGUUUGGGUACUCACUACUAGAAUGAGAAUGAAGUAGAUAAUGAUGGCUCAAUGUUAGUGAACUUUGUUUGAGCGUACCUCCUGGGAAAUCACUGUUGCUUUUUGAUGGAUUGUUUUUGGGUUGACUGCCUAAUUCUGUGCCAGAUGAAAUAAAAAGCUCUUGCCUGUUUCUAACA